AUGAAGCUUCGUGAAAUUAUGGAUAUGAUGCGUCGUUGUGGGCUACUUAUUGAGUUCUUGUUCUGCAUCGAGCAUGUUGCAUGGUUGGGAGCCGCCGGUGUCCACAACUGGUCCUCAAUGUUCAGCAAUAAUCCGUCAAACAACUGGGUCGUCCUUGCCGCUGGUUCGCACACGUGGAGAAAUUAUCGACAUCAAGCGGACGUUUACCACGCGUAUCAUGUCAUGCGUAAAAACAACGUUCCAGCAGAGAAUAUAAUUACCUUUGCCUACGACGAUAUUGCAAAAGAUCGAAGUAAUCCGUUUAAAGGCAAAGUCUUCCAUGACUACGAGCUCGAAGAUGUCUACAAGGGUGUGAUUAUUGACUACCGUGGAAGAGACGUCACAUCGAAAAACUUCAUUAAUGUAUUGAAGGGGGAUAAGAAACUUGAAGCCAACAAGAAGAAGGUGCUGAAAAGCGGUCCUGAUGACAACGUUUUCAUCUUUUUCUCUGGCCAUGGUGCGGUUUCCUCUAUUACCUUCCCAGAUGCACGAAUAAGGGCCACGGAGUUGAAUGAUACCCUCGCCUUCAUGCAUUCGAACAAAAUGUACAACAAAUUGGUGCUGUAUGUGGAGGCUUGCUACUCAGGCUCUAUGUUUCUGGAUGUUCUUCCUUCAAAUUUAGGAAUCUACGUGACAACUUCAGCCAAUGAAAAGGAAGAAUCCUUGUCUGCUUUCUGUCACGACAAGCGGAUCAAAGUUUGUCUGGCGAAUCAAUACUCAUAUGCCUGGAUUACGGAUUCAGAAUACAAUGAUUUGAAAAAACGUACACUGGAACAGCAGUACAAGGAGGUGGAUAGGAGGACAGAGUAUAGUCAUGUGAUGCAGUAUGGUGACAUGACGAUGGGAAUUCUCCCAGUUGGAAAAUUCCAGGGUCAUUAUGACCUACCGACGAACCAGAAGGAUGCGGGCAUAGCAGUACGUGUUCAGGACAAUGCGCGAGAAAUCUUUUAUAGUCUACCUAUAAUCUCCUGCAGAAAACCUUCACGCUUCUUUCAGCUUGGUCACAUCGUCAAGGAAACUUUCCGCGAUAUCAUCAUGGAUAUGAAAACCCACCAUAAGCCAAAGUUAAUGGGCUUGUCCAAGAAAAAUGAGCUCAUCAUGACAACAGUGCUUAACACCGAUGCUUCACUGCCGUACAACCAUGACUUAUUUGAAAGCCUUAUUAUAAAGAAAAGAAUGAAGGGUUGGCCACCUCUCUAUUUACGCCACUCCGAAUUGGGCAUGGUAAACAGCACUCUCUUCGGCAAAAAAUGGUUCGGCAUAUGCAACACAUGUCCCAACCAACGCAGCUUCUGGCCACGUCGUCAAGGAAACGUUCCGCGACAUCGUGAUGGAUGUGACAACCAACAUAAGCCAACGAUUAGGGGCUUUUCCAAGAGGGAUGAGCCCAUGUGUUUCAAGGCAGACCCCAAGGUAGUUCAGCACACAACUCAUCUAAUGGAGUUGUGCAAAGCCGGAUACGAGGCUGAAACUGUCGUCGACUAUGUCCACAUCAUCUGUUCCUGA